UUUUUUUAUCUGUUUUUUGUUGUAAUAUUUGCAAUUCUUUUGUGUUUUCAAAAUUGUAUAACUUGAAUAUAAAUUAUAUUCACUAAAAUAUAUUUAAUGCGUUUUGUUUUAAAUCUCUUGGUUGGAGAAAAAAAAAAAAAAAAGCCGUCCAAAUAGUUUAAAAAUGGCGCCUACAUAACAAUAACAAUCCAAAGAGAAAGCAAACGAAUGUGGUCGUAUAAUUGGCCUUUGUUCAGUUUUUUGUCAUCUACGGCCCAGCAAGAAACUGGAAACAUAGCCCAAAAAAAAAAAAAAAAAAUCAAACACUUUGAAAACUGUUUAAAAAAAUGGCAUCUUGGAAUUCUAGUCCGCUGGAAAUCUCGUACAAAGUUCUGGGUUGGAUUGCUUUUGCUUUUUGGGCUGCAUGUUUCUACCCUCAGGUCAUCCUGAAUUUCCGUAGAAAAAGUGUUGUGGGGUUGAACUUUGAUUUUGUGGUGCUCAACUUGACGAAGCACUCCUCCUAUCUCAUAUACAACGCCACUCUCUACUUUAGCUCCUCUGUUCAAAACCAGUACUUCCAGAAAUAUGGCUAUGGAGAGAUGAUACCUGUGGCACUAAACGAUGUUGCUUUCUCGGUUCAUGCUGUUCUCUUAACAGCAAUUACCUUGUUCCAAAUUGCAAUAUACGAACGUGGAGGACAGACAGUCUCUAAGAUUAGUAUUCUAAUUGUUGCUGCAGUAUGGUUAACAGUUGGGAUUUGUUUCUUCAUAGCUUUGCCCAACCAUUCUUGGCUUUGGCUAAUCUCAAUAUUUAACACAAUCCAAGCCUUUAUAACACUCAUCAAAUAUACACCCCAGGCGGUCUUGAACUUCUUGCGGAAGAGCACAGAUGGAUUCAGCAUUGGCUAUGUUUUAUUUGAUUUCUCAGGAGGAGUAACAAAUUAUGCACAGAUGGUUGUGCAGUCUAUAGACCAAGAUUCUUGGGUGAACUUCUAUGGAAACAUAGGGAAGACCCUGAUAACUUUGAUAACUAUCUUCUUCGACCUUAUUUUCUUGUGUCAACGUUUCUUGCUAUAUCCUGCAAAUGGAGGAUUGAUCUUUCCCAAAAGCAGUAAGGAGAAUAUUGAGGACCCUAAAAGCAGUAAGGAGAGCAUUGAGCCACUUAUUGAGUGAUUUGAUCAGCCACGGAAAAUUUUGAGGAAGAAUGAUAUUUUCAUAUUUAUCAUGUAAAAAAUCAAUAUGCUUAUUACUUUGUCGCAAUAACAAUAAAAGAUAAUUUACUUCGUAACAA